AUGUUCUCUCUCACCGCCUUCCACAGUCAUCGACUUAUCCACACAAUCAUACCCAGAAGUCAACGCGAAGAGGAAGGUGAACUCUUCGUUUCCACAGAGGAAGCCUGCCACAACUCUGUAGAGAAGCUCUGCAAAUCUGGAAGAACACAAGAAGUCAGCCACUUGUUAAGGGAGCUUCGCUCUCGGCUGAUCCCCCUGAGCCUGAAAGCUUACAACGACCUGCUCGCCGCAGCAGCUGAGAAAGACGAUUGUGAUCUCUCCUUGGAGAUAUUCAAGGGUUUGCUUCUUUCAAGCUCCCCCCCUGAUCCAUCUUCCUACACCCACCUGGCAAAGUCUCUGCAAAAGGCAGCUAAUCCAAGCCAGAUACUCAGAUUUGCCCAGGAGGUGUUGGAGAUAACGGGUGACAGAGAACCCACAGUUGUGAACAGAAUCAUCUUCAUCUUGGCUAAAAUGGGUCAAACCCGCACGGCCCUGAUGAUCUUUGAGGAUAUGAAGAGCAGUUCUCGGAAGAUGGAUUCUGUCACAUUCAACACAGCUAUAGGUAUAUUCGGCAAGCAGGGUCAGAUUGAUAGGAUGAUAUCUGAGUUCAUAUCAAUGAAAGAACUUGGGCAUGCUCCUGACUAUAUCACCUAUAAUACGCUGGUCAACUCCCUUCGGAGAUUUGGCAAGCUGGAUCUCUGCUCGUCCUUUCUGAAGGAGAUGGUGGAUGCAGGGAUAGAACCGGAUUUACAGACUUAUACAGCGAUCAUCGACAGCUUUGGCCGGGCAGGCCACACCGAUGAUGCUGUCAGAGUUCUUGGAGAAAUGAAGAGGUCCCGGGUGCGCCCAUCAAUCUAUAUUUUCCGUGGGUUAGUAGGUAACCUUAGGAAGGCUGGUAAGUUGGAGAUGGCCGAUGGGCUACUGGAGGAGAUGAACUCUUCUAAGCUGCUCGGUCCAGGGGAGAUCGAGGAGGGGAAAAGAGGUAGGAGGAGGAAGAGGUGGUCAUAUAGAGAUUGGAAACCGAGGUGA